AUGCUGCUGCCCGUGCACGCGCGGGCCACUCGCACAGGCGAGUUCCUGCUCCGCUCCUUGGAGCGGCCAGCGCCCACCGCGUCAACCCACUCGGCCGCCGCCUUGUACCGCGAAGCCGUGAGAGCGUUGGUGGCGUUUGUGACGACCUUCUCCAAGACGGACAAGUUCGUCUUUCACCUGGCCAGCAUGAGGCGCAUGUACCUGGAUCUGUGCGCUGUAGGCUCCAAGCUGGACCAAGUGGUGGAGGUCGGGGGACUCAAGGGCGUGGCGGACGAUAGUACUAACACUACGUGGCAGACGCAGUUGAUGGCCGGCAGAGAGCAAGAGGAGGAGGGACUUAGUGCCCGAGCCGCUAAGAACGCGCUCCCUUUUGCGAGGAACAUGAUGCCGCACGAGCCGAUGGAGGCUCUGACGCUGCUAAAGUACGAGAUCGACUUCUACAAGGCCGAGAACUCGACGCGACACGUAGCCAGCAUGAAGAAGGUCUUCUUCAGUGUCGUGAGGUCGUCGAACGGCCGUGUGGCCAAGAUCCCGGACUGGUACAUACCCCCCAAUGCCGUGGUUUAUAUUCGAGAGGAGCCGAUGGAAGGCUCGGUCGGGACAGCGCAUCGUGGUGUAUGGGUGAAUAAUAAAUCCUCAAAAGCGAACAAAGAUGGCGGGAACGGAGAAGGUGGGAAACAGCCUCCUGAAUCGACCGACGUGGUGGUGAAGCGGCUCAUUAUCCACGCGGACGCCAUUGAAAUAUUCCGACAAGAAGUGGAGACCUGGUACUCGAUGGAUCACGUAAAUAUUUUGAAGCUGUACGGCGCGUCGCACUGCAGUCGACCAGCGCUUCUCGUGCUUGAGGACGCCAAGAAUGGGUCUCUGGUUAACUACUUGGCGCAGCUACGUCAGUCGAAUUGGCCGGAUGCUGACGUUGAUCGCGAGAUGUGGGGCUGCUUGGUCGAAGCAGCGAAGGGGCUACAGUUUCUCCAUGAAAGCAAACGAUUCGUGCAUAGCAACCUGAAGAGUGACAAUAUUCUGGUGACGAAGGAUGGGAGAGUGAAGCUGGCGGACUUUGGACUUGGCAUGCUCGCUCUACAGGACCAAUCAGUGCAGAAGAAUGCGUUCAAGGAACUGGGUUGGCGUGCUCCCAACUGCCUGCAGAAGAAGCCAUUUCGCCGUCCUUCUUUCCACGACGACAUCUAUUCGUUGGGUUUGUGUGUGCUGGACGUGCUAGUGCCCACACUCUCGUCAAUUAAGCUGGGCACCAGUUCUGGCGCGCCCAAGCAUGUUGGAGAGGUGGGCUUUGAGCCGCUGUCGGCCGAUAUUACGAAGUUGAUUGUCGAUGCGAACGCCCGGGAGUUGGUCAUGGGCAUGUGCAACAAGAAUCCGCAGUCGAGGCUGACACUGGAGGAGGUUAUCUCGCGCUUGGAGAAGUUGCGAGGCCCGAUAGCAACGAAGGCAGUGGUUCAAAAUGGUCAACCUAAAGCAGAUGAUCUCGCCAAGAAAAGCAUUGGAGCUUAG